AUGGGCCUGCUUUCAUCAUUCCAAAACAUCCCAUACACUCAGUCGCUGCGGAACUCCCCUCUUAGUUCUUCUUUGUUGGCACUCCUGAUCAUUUGCAUAAUCACUCGUAUUGUUACUGGUCUACGAAGCAAUGUUGCUCAAAACAACCACGAUGCAGCGACCAAGACUCCAAAUACAAUUCCCUACUGGCUGCCAUUCAUUGGCACCGCACUAUCUUUUCUGAAGAAUAUUGAGAGUACCAUCACGCAUGAUCGAUAUGCAUCAGGCGAUGGUAUCUUCGCGUACCGCAUGGGACCUGGCAAAGCCUAUGUCAUCAGCAUGCCUUCGCUCGUCAUGCAGGUCUUCGCUCAACGCAGCAACGUACUAAACAAAGUCAAGACCUUGGAAUGGUUCAUGAAUGCUGCCUUUGACGAUAAGUUUGCAUUCCGCAAUGAGCACGACGCUGUACAUGGCCAUCACAACGCACUCAAUCUCAUGUUGAAGUCCGAGUUCACUACCGAAGCAACCAACAAGACUGCACGAGCAGUGGAAAGAAAGGCAUCUCAACUCAUCACCAAGGCUCCCUGGAUGUUUCCUGAUGAGCAAGGCAAAGCCAUGGAGCCCUGGGAAGAAGCCGGUAACGUCAGAUUCAACACGGACGGCACAUUCGAAGCGAACCUUUUCAGUCUCGUCAUCAACUACAUGGGCCAAAUCGUCAUCGACAUGCUCUGGGGCAAAGCCCUCCUCGAAAACUUCCCCACCAUCCAAAAAGACAUGUGGAGCUACGACCGCGACAUCCACACCAUGUUACGCCCCGUCAUCGGCAAACACCUCCCCUCUGGCCGCCGCGGCAUCGCCGCCCGCGAGCGUCUCGGCGUCGCCAUGAAAGAAUGGUACGACGCCGUCGCCGCCAAACAAGCCGGCCGCGACCCGGGCGCAAAAUGGGGCGCUUUGGACGAUAUCAGCCAAGUCAUGCACGACCGCGUCAAGGUCUGGGUCGACACCAAUGCUUCAGAGCGCCUGCAGAAAACGAACGACAUCUCCGUGCUCUGGGGCGUGAAUGUCAACAGCAACAAGAACGUCUUCUGGAUGCUCAUGCAGAUCAACAGUCGUCCCGAACUGCUCUCUGACAUCCGCGAGGAGAUCGCUCCGUAUGUACACAUUUCGCAGACGGGUGAGCGCGGGCCUACGGGUUUUCCCAAACUGAGUAUCGAUGUCGAUGGCUUGAUGAAGCAUUGUCCGCUGCUUAAAGCGUCGUUCUACGAGACUAUGCGCAUGAAUAUGGCGGGGCUGGGCGUGCGGGAAAUCAUCAAGGACGUCGUGCUCAAAGAGUCUGCUGAGGAUGCUGCGCUGUUUGGUAAGAAGCGGCCGCAAUCGUACACUAUUCCCGCUGGGUCGACGCUCGUCAUCGCCAACGGGCCCAUGCAGAUGGAUCAGCGCAUUUUCGCGAACCCAGAAGAGUUUCAUCCGGAGCGAUUCUUUGAGGAUGGACCGGAUGGGACGACGCGGGUUACGAUGAAGAACUUGCAUACGUUUGGUGGAGGGAUGUAUAAGUGCAAGGGUAGGUACUUUGCGGAGAAGGAGGUCAUGAUAUUUGCGAGUAGUUUGUUGGUUAUGUGGGAUAUCUCGCCCAUUGAAGGAGAAGUGUUGGAGGUGCCGGGGAUGGGCAAUGUUGGUGGGAGUCGGAGGCCGAUUGAAGCUGUGAGGGUGAAGUUGACGAGGCGGUAUAACUGA